GUUUCCACACCCCAAAAGGAGCUAAACUAGCAAAGAGACAAGUGGGGACUCUGUUCAAGACCUUUUCGUUUAGCUUUCUAUUCGCAGGUUUCCAGUGGUUUUUUGCUGGCGGAGAUGAUUGUGGCUUUGCCAGUUUCCCUACUUUUGGUUUCCAAGCGUAUGCUAAAAGGUUCUACUUUGAUUUUUCGUCAACAUAUGUUGGGGUGGGGAUGCUUUGCCCCGCAAUGGUAAAUGUGUCGUUGCUGAUAGGAGCGAUAAUAUCAUGGGGAAUAAUGUGGCCAAUGAUUGAGGCAAAGAAGGGCGUGUGGUACUCAGCUGAUGUGCCUGCUUCCAGCCUUCAUGGCAUCCAAGGAUACCGGGU